GCCAAAUAUUAUCUGGAUUAAGAUUUUUAUAGUAUUUUUUUUUUUUUAAAGAAGAGACGAUGGAGGUCAUAGAAACAGAAAACACAGAGGAUAUUGAGUCUCUCAUGGAGGACAUGGACUACAUCCCCGGUCACUUUCACCUGGAUCUUAAUCUUAACUGUGAUCCUACUGGCCCUGUGAAGCUGAGACAUCGGGACACUUAUUUAAAACAGGAAAGCCUGCGAGCUGAGCUGGAAGCAGAAGUUGGAUAUUUACAGUAUGCUGUACAAAAUCUGUUGGGCCUGCUGGCUUUUCACCUGGAACAGCUGGACACCGCUGAGGAAAUAUUCAGGGGCAUUUGCAAAGAGGACCCAGGGAAUCUCAAUGCUUGGGCCAACCUGGGCUACGUGUAUGACAAGCUGGGGAGAGAGCUGGAUGCAGGGGAGUGUGUGGACAAAGUGUCCGACCUCAUGGGCUUAGAUGGCGGAGAGGCCUCUCAGGAGGAGGUCAGAAUCCUGGCGGCACGCUGCCUGGUCGAGCAGGCCUACGUCUUUCCAUACGAUGUGGAGCUGGACAACGAGGAUGACCUGAGAGAGAGGCUAAAUGCUGCACUGACAUUUUACAACAGAGCCCUGGAUUAUGGAGGUGAUCUGAUACCAAUAGAGGAAAAACGAAGCUGGUAUUUUAAAAUGGCAACCAUCUAUAUAAGACUUGAUGACAUAGUAAAGACCAAAGAGGAUUCUGAAUACUCCAGAGUUUCUCACUACAAUAAAGGACUGAAGUUUCUCAAAGAAACGCUGGAAUCUGAGAAAACACAACACAAAGCUCUAGCGUGGUGUUAUGUUGGCAUCAUGUUAGAAAGGAAGGACGAGUUUUCCCCUGUGCCCAUGUCGAUACACGACUGUGGUUUCUCAGCCUCUGAUCCUCUGUCCUGCUACGGAACUGCCAUAAAUAUGGCCAGUGAUGAUGCAUUCAUCCUGAACCUUUUGGCCAAAGUCUUCUUUCUGCUGAGAAAACAUGAUAUGGCUACAGGGAUCUGCAACAUGGCCCUAAAUGUGCUGCCAGAUCCAGAACUCAACUGGCAGGCUUACUGCACCCGUGCCAAGAUCAACAUGAUCCUAUAUGCAAAUGACCUGGAGAAAGCAAAGCAGGGUGAUGGUGGAAUCCCAGACCGACAGAAGCUAACUGAAGCUAGAAAAGACUUAGAUAAGGUGCUCGCUGUACGGCCAUGUCUUCGAACACAUUUGGAGAUGGCACAGAUAUACUACUACAUGGGUGUAGAUGCAGUCCAGGAGAGCCUUUUGGUGGAUGAGAGUGCAAUAAAUAAUGCCUUGGUGAGUCUGUCUCAUGCUCUGAAGUUUGAGCUGGGAGACUGCUUGCCGGACCUUCAUGUGCUCAGAGGACGCUGCCUCUUAAUGAAAGGUGAAGAGCAGAAUGCUGUAGACUGCUUCAAAAAAGCUGUGGAGUUAGAGAGACCGAGGAGCACAAACACUACAGCCCUGCGCUGCCUCCUACAGGCUCUCCUGGCUCUGUUCAUGCACGGACACCCUGACCCUGACAUUGCGGUCACCCAGCUGGAGCUGUGGGUGCUGAAGGCGGAGGAGCAGUUCUCUCAGGACACAGUGAAGGCUGAGCUGAGGUGCCUUUACAGGACACACACAGCAGAGGUUACAGAGUUAUCUAGGGCUCUGAUCAAGACAGGACGCCUGGACCUAGUGAGGAGACUACUGGAUACAGUGGUGCCUAAACAGCUGGCUAAAAAGAGACCAGCGGUGUUUAGAUCUGUCUCAGCAUGAAGCAAAGACAUGACUUUAGUAGACAUACAGGCACAUGAACAAACUAUGGCAGACAAACAGUUAAGAAUGUCUUAGCAUCAUUUCACAUAUUUAAAUAAACAUCUCUCAGUGCUUUCAAUACACUUAGGAUUUACAGGAUAUGCUUUCCAAACUGUGAUAAAUCUGUAACUUUUUGUUUUUUUGUAUCAUACAGGCGUCCAGGCAUCCAUUAAGCACUGCUUUUCAGAGUGAAACUCAAAUUAAGUAGUUUUUAAUCUCAAGUAGACUUUCUGCAGCUUGUGUAGUUACUGCAACACCCACACAUUGUCACACUGCUUCACUCUGAGUAGAUGUUCUACCACUAAUGACCUGCAGAUGGGGGUAUACACCUUUAGGUUGCUGCUGACUGUUUUUGGUACAAUAAUGUAGCAAAUCCUGAGCCAUUGAGAAUUGCAUUGUAA